GUUACUGUUCGUUUUCUCUCUAUCUCUACUAACCGACCUCAACAAGAACCAGAGAGCUCACACCAAUCCACAGAGCGAGCGAACGAGAGAGAGAGAGAGAGAGAGAGAGAGCGAGAUCUAGAGAGAGAAACACAGAGAUCUAGAGAGAGAAAGUAGAGAGAGAAAUGCGGGAACCGGCGACGCAAGAGGUGGUGAUGAGCAGCAACAACAACAACAACGCAUCAUCUUCACCACCACAAGCUCUACUGGAGAGGCUCAAGGACUAUGGCCAAGAAGACGCUUUUGCCCUCUGGGACGGCCUUUCUCCCGAAGAACGCGACCUUCUCGUCAAGGACAUCGAGAGCUUGGAUCUUCCGAGGAUCGAUAGGAUCAUCCGCUGUUCAUUUAAAUCUCAAGGGCUUCCGGUUGCUGCCAUUGAGCCGGUGCCGGAGGGUAGUGUGUCCACAGUUGAGGAGAGGAAGAUUGAAGAGAGAGAGAAAUGGUGGAAGAUGGGCAUGAAGGCUAUCUCAGAAGGGAAGUUGGCUGUGUUGCUUCUGUCUGGUGGCCAGGGAACUCGGCUGGGAAGUUCAGAUCCAAAGGGAUGUUUUAAUAUUGGACUCCCAUCUGGAAAGUCACUUUUUCAAGUUCAAGCUGAGCGAAUUUUGUGUGUGCAAAAAUUAGCGGCUCAAUCUGUAAAUGAAGCUGGUUUUGUGCCAAUACAUUGGUACAUAAUGACUAGCCCAUUUACUGAUGAUGCCACACGCAAAUUCUUUGAAAGCCAUAAAUAUUUUGGCCUUGAAGCUGAUCAAAUCACCUUCUUCCAACAGGGCACUAUACCUUGUGUGUCAAAAGAUGGUAGAAUUAUAAUGGAGUCCCCAUACAAAGUAGCAAAGGCUCCAGAUGGAAAUGGAGGAGUUUAUUCAGCUUUGAAAUAUUCAAGACUAUUGGAAGAUAUGGCUACAAGGGGGGUUAAAUAUUUGGACUGCUAUGGAGUUGAUAAUGCAUUGGUCCGUGUUGCUGAUCCGACUUUCUUGGGCUAUUUUAUUGACAAAGGUGUAGCUGCCGCUGCAAAAGUGGUCCGGAAGGCAUACCCGCAAGAAAAGGUUGGUGUGUUUGUCCGGCGGGGCAAAGGUGGACCUCUAUCUGUAGUUGAAUACAGUGAGUUGGAUCAAUCGCUGGCUAGUGCAAUAAAUCAAGAAACUGGUCGACUUCGGUUUUGUUGGAGUAAUGUGUGCUUACAUAUGUUUACUUUGGAUUUCCUGAACCAAGUAGCAAAUGGUCUUGAGAAAGACAGCAUUUAUCAUCUUGCAGAGAAGAAAAUCCCUUCAAUCCAUGGACAGACGCUGGGAUACAAAUUAGAGCAAUUCAUUUUUGAUGCAUUUCCGUAUGCACCUUCCACUGCCCUUUUUGAGGUAUUGCGUGAAGAAGAAUUUGCACCAGUGAAAAAUGCGAACGGAUCAAAUUUUGACACUCCAGAGAGCGCUCGGCUGCUUGUUCUCCGUCUCCACACUCGUUGGGUGGUUGCUGCAGGAGGUUUCUUAACACAUUCGGUGCCACUAUAUGCAACUGGUGUGGAGGUUUCACCAUUGUGUUCUUACGCUGGAGAAAAUCUAGAAGCUAUUUGCCGUGGAAGAACAUUUCAUGCACCUUGUGAAAUCGCGUUUUAGUUUUAAGUUUGUGUUAAUGAAUAUCUUCAUUUGAGCGGCUAUAUUUUGGUUUGAAUUUAUUUGAAUUUGAGGUCUGUAAAUCUUAUACCACUACAAAUGCUGAUAUGUUUACAAGGCUUUUUGGCUUAUAUUUUUAGCUACAAAUGGCGGAAUAAAUUUUUAAUAUAUUAUUUGCCAAUUUGCUUAUUACUCCUA